AUGAUCUGUUCGAAAACGCCAUGGUUGGUCCUCUGUACUGCAUCGAUAGCAUUAGCGGCACAAAAAACCGACAAAUUGGAGUGCAUGUUUCUAGGGUAUCCAGACCUGGAAUAUGACGGUUUCGAUAGAACGGAGGUGUUGACAGAAAAGAACUUUAACAAAACCGUUUUUGCUGAGGAUGCGAAAUCUGUCGUAUUCUUUAACGACGUCGAAGAGGACGAUCCAGAGCUUGAUCAAUACGAGUGCUUCAUGCAGCUGUCCGCACAAAUCAUGACCAAACGUGGUUAUAACUUCUUCACUGUGAACACAACAAAAGAAUUGAAGCUCAGAAAGCAGGAAGAAGUUGAUAAAGGAGAGGAUACCAUCCAUGUUUACAAAGAUGGCUUCAAAAUCGAGUACAAUGGUGUUCGUGAUCCUGAAACGUUCGUCGGCUGGAUGAUGGAUAUUCCUGAUGAUCCAGUGACGAUCAUUAAUGACGAGCAUGAUCUGGAAGAAUUCGAAGAUCUCGAGGACGAGACUGUGAGAGUAGUUGGAUAUUUUGAGCCUGGAUCAGCUGGUAAGAUUUUCAAGAAUAUCUUUCGGAAACCUAAAUCACUGAAAGAGUUUGAAGAGGCAGCUGAGGAAUUUAUGGGGGAAAUCGAGUUUUUUGCCGUUGUUACGUCAAAGUGGGCUCGAAAAGUUGGACUGAAACGGAUAGGAGAAAUACAAAUGCUUCGGCCAUUUGAAGAAGACCCUCUUUUUGCUCCAUCUUCAGCUGAUACAGGCAGAUUUUCUUCCAAGAAGCUUUCUCCUUGUGUGUGCUUGAUAAAUUUUUAUUUAGAAGAAGAAAUCGAGGAUUGGGUAGAGAAACACAAGGAACCUGUAAUGCAAAAGUUGACGCUAGAGAACUACUUCAAUGUUUGGAAAGAUCCUGAAGAAGAUGAACGGCUGAUUUUGGCAUUUGUGGAUGAGGAGACCCGAGAAGGCCGAGCGAUGAAGAGGCUCCUCGAUAAAAUUGCCGAUGAAAAUUCAGAGCAUGCCGGAACGCUGGAGAUUGUGUUGAUCGAUCCUGAUGAGUUUCCCCUUAUGGUAGAUGUGUGGGAGGAGAUGUUUGGCAUCGACAUCGAAGAAGGACCUCAAAUUGGUCUUGUCGACAUAUCCGAGAUUGGUAAGGAAGGAAUCUGGUUUGAUAUUUCCCAAGUAAACCUGGACGAUCCUAAAAAGCACAGCGACAGCAACUUCGAAGUGUUGCAAACAUGGAUUGACCAGAUUAUGAGCGGUUCGAUCACCCUCGACGGUGAGUUUGUGAUGUACGACGACGAUGAAGAAGAGCCGAGUCCUCCACCACCAUCUAGCAAAGGAAAGAAAAGUAAAAAAGAGCUUUGA